UUCGUCGCUAUUCGCUGCUGCUGCUGCUGCUGCUGCUCCUUUCCAGUACGGGACCAUAGCAUUCACAUCAGCUUCCUUGCCUGCAGUGCUCCGUCGUCGGUAUAGAUCCCUGGCUAUGCCUCGACGGAAACGAGUCAAAGUUCACGGCCUUGAAGCCGCCUUGAGUGAGACUUCCAGUGUCUCAGCAGGCACGAAUAACGAUAGGCUGUAUUGCCCGGAUUCUGAUACGGAACUGACAGAAUCCGAACAUCUUUCGCCAGCACCUCGAAAAUCCAAAAGGAGAAAAGUAGGCCCACAUGAUGGGCCUCAAUAGUCUUUGGAUGCCGGCAUCACCGCGUCUUCUGUAGCGAAUCCAAGCACAGAUAUGAGCGUGUCAGCCAUAAGACUGAUG